AUGCAAAACGUGGCCGCUCUUCCCGGUUUCGACUUCAAGAAGCCAAGGAGGAUAUUCCACAUACCUAAGCAGAUUCAAGAUGGACUGGGCGGCUGGGUCGAGGACACUUCGGAUUUACAGGGAUGCCGGGAACGGUUUGUCGACUCUCUGACCGGUGUUUUCGCCGCAGCUGCCGACUUCCUUUCAGUCCAAGAUGAUGCGGCCGGACACCAGAUUUCCAUAUUUGAGGCAGCGCCAUCGAUCGCGGAGCGAGCCAGGAAUACAGCCCGCCUCCUUCGCUUGCUAGAGGGCGAUGACCCAGAAGACGCUCGGGAUCACACGCCGUGUGAGGUCGAGGCAGUGAUGCACUUCGGAGUACUACGACAGAGCUAUCUUGAUCAAGGUUCACGGCAGCCAGACUCCAAACAAGUACUUUUGCAGGCACAAUAUGGUUGCCGCAGACCUCUUGAACUUCUUUACAAGUCGAUCGAGACGUACAACCAGGUCAAAAUCAUUUGCCAAAGUCAAACUCGCGAGCUCUUCAAAGCUCAUCGUCUGGGAUUCGAGCGCAGAACGAGCUUCGAUACGAAUACUUUGGAGCCAAUGUUCCACAUCCGAGCCAAUUCGAAACUGCAAGAGAUGGAGUUGAAGGAGUCCAAGACGCAGUUAAAGGAGUCGGAGAGAGAGUUGGAGAUGUCCAAGACAGAGUUGGAGAGGACCAAGAUCCAAGUUGCCAAUCUCGAGGGACAAAUACGAAGACUCAACGCGAAGCAUGACGGUGUCAACAGAGACCGCGAAACUUUGAAAAGGCAGCUAGCAGUGUCUGAUGAUCGAGUUGAGAGGCUGCGUAAAAAGGUACGUGGAGCCCUGGAUGAUCAUAACCUAUGA